AUGGACCAAUUCGAUGUGGCUGUGGUUGGACUGGGAGUCCUUGGCAGCGCAGCUGCCUACUACGCCUCGCUAAAAGGCAAGAAAGUCAUCGCGUUCGAGCAGUUCGAAUUGGGGCACGUUCACGGGGCUUCGCACGAUACAUCGCGAAUCGUGAGAACCACCAAUUCCAUUCCAGAGUAUGUGAAACUCGCCAAAUCUGCCUAUAGGGACUGGGCAGAGUUGGAGCAGGCGGCCAGUCAAAGGUUGCUGACAAUAACUGGUGGUGUGGUAUUUCUCCCAAAGGACGGCGACAAUCCUUUCGAUAAUUUAACGGAAACUCUGGAUGCCGAAAAUGUUCCUUACGAGCUCCUCAGCUCGGAUGAAGCCAACCGACGAUGGCCGCAGUUCAACGUCCCCGACAAUGUGGAUACGGUCUACACAGCCGAUACUGGCAUCGCCCACGCUGCGAAAACAGUUUCCUCGCUACAACACUUAGCACGUUUUCAGGGAACAGUCAUCCAUGAGAACACCCGAGUGAAUCGCAUUAAUCCGGUUGCUUCCCACCAAGGAGUCACGAUUGAGACCGAAAGUACUGGAUUCGGCAGUGAUUCAUCCAAAAAAGUAUUCCAUGCUGCUAAAGUCAUUCUCACGACUGAUGCAUGGACAAAUAAACUGCUGGCACCACUUGGCACCCGCAUCCCUCUCUCCGUGAUGCAGGAGCAGGUGACCUACUUCAAGCCAACCGACAAGGAGGCAUUCCAAGCCGAUCGAUUUCCUGUCUGGAUAUGGUCUGGGAACCCUGGUUUCUAUGGAUUCCCCUGUUUCGGCGAACCGACAAUCAAGGCCGGCCGUGACACUUCUAACAACCUCAUGUCACCUGAACAACGUACAUACCUUCCAUCUCCAAAGUUGCUCGAGCAACUUUCUUCUUUUAUGGGAGGGAUGUUUCCUGAUAAAGGCCGGCAACAAGUUCGCACGGUUACUUGUCAGUACACUAUUACGCCUGAUCGACAGUUUAUAAUCAGUCCUUUACACGAUCAUCCCAACAUCAUUUUAGGCUUGGGAGCAGCUCACGCUUUUAAAUUUGCACCCACAUUUGGCCGAGUUCUGGCGGAGCUGGCGAUAGAUGGAAAGACUGAGGAGGACAUUUCGUUGUUUGGAAUCCCUAGAACUGUAACAGCAACAGGCAAAUUGUGA